AUGGAUUGCCCCACUAGAUGGAAUUCUACUUUUCUGAUGAUUAAAAGUGCUUUGGAGAUGAAAGAUCUAUUUUGGCGUUUAGCACAAACAGAUGAUAAUUAUAAACUCCAUCCAACUAAAGAGGGGUGGGAAGUUGCCCAAGUUAUAAGUGAUUGCUUAGAGCACUUGUAUAAAGCUACAAAUCGGUUUUCUGGUUCUUCUUAUCCUACUUCAAAUAUGUUCUUUUCUGAUGUUUGUAAAAUUAAGUUGCAAAUGAUGAAGUGGGAAACCAAUGAAUAUCAAUUUUUGCGUAAGAUGGCCAACCCAAUGAAGAUUAAGUUUGAAAAAUAUUGGAAUGAAUGUUCCUUGGUUUUAUCAGUUGUUGUAUUUGAUCCCAAGUACAAAAUAAGUUUAGUUGAGUACUACUAUAAUAAGAUCCACGGUUCUCUUGCUAUUUCAUAUGUUGAAAAAGUUCAUAGUGCUUUGUUGGAGCUCUUCAAUGAGUAUGAUGAGUACUUAUCUCACUAUAAAGAAGAAUCAAGCCCAAAAUUUCGUGGUUUUUCAAGUGAGGCACACUUUUCUGAUGAUGAGUUAUGUGGAUUUGAUUCCUGGUAUGAAAAAGAGAAAUCUAAUGUAUUUGCUACAAGCAAAAACUAA